AGAAUGAGAACUCAAUCCAUUAACAGACGAAAGUAAAUAGAAUAAUAACUACUUGCAGAAGAAAAUCAACGUCUCAAGUAUCCAAUCAUCUUAUUCUAGAGUUAAAUUAUUAGAAAUUGCUAAUGAAAAGAAAGCCUCUUCUCAACAAGUUAAAUUAUGCUAGGCAAAAAAGAAGUUAUAACAUAGUUUUUAAUAUCAAUAAAAUAUGAUGGACAAUCUUAUACUCAUGAAAAAAAUCACCAAUGUGUAUUUAUCCCCUCUCAUUUAGUACUUCAUCUAUCACUAAAAGAGUUUAAUUGCAUGAU